GGUGCGGAUCUUACACAUGUAAACUAAUUCUACCUGUACCUGUGGUAUAUACGUUUGCACCUGGUUUGGAAUUUGCGGAGGGUUGCAGAUAGAGUUUGACUGGACGUGGAUCAACAAGGAUGGAGAAAACAGUUGCUCAUGAAUCACCUGUGCAUGUGCGUAAGCACAUGCACUUCCCAAUCACAAUUCGGGAUGAGAACCUUCGACAUACUCUCGCAGGAGCCGCAGCAGGAUUGGUAUCCUCUGUCCUUGUAUGUCCACUUGACGUUCUGAAAAUUCGGCUACAGAAUCAAAUCGUGAAGCCCGGACAAAUAGCAAAGUAUCGGGGCACCAUAUCCGGAUUGGAAAUAAUAUGGCGGGAAGAAGGUUUACGUGGCCUAUUUCGGGGAUUGGGCGCAACAACAGUGGCGUACAUUGCAGAUCGAGCAAUAUGGUUUGCAUCGUACAAUCGAAUAAAGGAGCAAUUGGCGAAGGUUGCAGGCCGGUCGCCCGAUGAUGCUGGUACCAUUGUACAUCUGAAUGCAUCCGUCGCUGCGUCUUUGCUGACAAUGGCCUUUGUUAACCCUCUUUGGGUCGUUCGGACGCGAAUGAUGGUUCAGAGUAGUGUUGCGAAUGAAAAGUCUCGGUGGCAUUACACGUCUACUUGGAACGCCCUCAGCAGUAUUGUCAAAGCGGAAGGGUUUGGAGCGUUGUACAAGGGCUUCACCCCAUCUCUACUGGGCAUCACUCAUGUGGCAGUUCAGUUUCCACUCUAUGAAAAGCUGAAGGUUCUCAUGCGAGAGUUUGAGAAGAAGAGAGGACCGCAGGAGAAUGACUUGAGCGCCUUUAGUAUCUUGGUCGCAAGUGCAGGAUCAAAAAUGGUCGCGAGUAUAGCCACUUAUCCUCAUGAGGUUCUCCGAACCAGAUUACAAACCCAAUCCGCACGGCGGCAGCUCACUCAUAUACCCGACAAAAUAUGCGAAGGGCCCAACUGUCCCCCACCCGCACCGCCACCCCCACCAAAGACUGGACCGAAAUAUCGCGGUCUGAUACAUGCAACUAAAGUGAUAUUGAAGGAGGAGGGGUGGCAUGCAUUUUAUCGGGGUCUCGGGACAAAUCUCAUCCGAACGGUGCCAGCGUCGGCACUGUCUCUAUGGACGUACGAAGUCUUGGUGCAGAAAAUGGGUCAUACAGAUGAAUCAUGAGAGUUAUAGACGUUCAACUUAGAGUUAUUAUCCGCAAAGAUUUUGAAUAGUGGAAUAUGUCACUCAAAUAUACCCAUUACAAGUAUAGGAUA